UCUCAUCCAAAAACCAGUUCUUGUGACUAUAAUUUAACACAUAAAAAUAUUGUCUUAUACUUAGAGAACUUUGAAACAAUCACAAUGAAACCAUAUCUUACAUGAUCAACAACAUAGCCACAUCCAUAUUCCUAAACUAAUCUUUCCUUCCACACACCAUGAAUGACACAGUGGACAAAUUAGUAAUCUUCCUAGCAAAAAGAGAUGGCAUAGACAAGCUUGUGAAGACAUUCCAAUAUGUCUCAAAGCUUGUAAACUGGCAAGUUGAAUUCACUCAACCUGAAAUCUCCAAGAAGUUCAAAAAUUGGGAAGUAGCUUCUGGCUUAAGCCGAAAAGCCUUUAGAACUGGUAGGUUUCUUACUGGAUUCAACACUAUUAGAAGAAAUCCUGGUUCUACUGUUACUUUGAGGCUACUAGCAGUUCUUUCUAAUUCAGGAGAAAUGGUUUAUUUCUUCUUUGAUCAUUUUCUUUGGUUGUCGAGGAUCGGAACAUUGGAUGCAAAAUUGGCUAAGAAGAUGAGUUUCAUAUCGGCGUUUGGUGAAGCUGUAGGAUAUGUUUUCUUUAUUAUAUCUGAUUUUAUUUUGUUGAAUGAAGGAUUGAAGGCUGAGAGAAAGUUGAGAAGUUCAGAAGGAAAUGGAAAUGAGAAAGAAAAUGAGAAAGAGAUUCAGAAAAUAAGAAGUGAUAGAAUAAUGAGGCUUAUGGCUGUAGCUGCUAAUGUUGCAGAUUUGAUUAUAGCAUUGGCUGAAAUUGAACCAAAUCCUUUCUGUAACCAUACUAUUUCUCUUGGUAUUAGUGGAUUGGUUUCUGCAUGGGCUGGUUGGUAUAGAAAUUGGCCUUCAUAAAUCAAAUUUCAAAUGCACCUCUUUGAGUGCCACUUUCUGUGUUGGUCAAUCCAUACAGAGAAAAAGAAAUUCGGCCUUUCAAUGGGUACCUCCGCAAAUGGGCGGUGAGAUUGGUGUUUCUCGUAUUAGUCGGUCAUAUUGUUGAAUACUGAGUCUUGAGCAAAAAUUCAAAUGCACACUAUAUGUAAUGUUUUACUUUUCAAGUAAUGGAUGCUUAAUUGUAUUAGCAA